ACACACACACACACUCGUACAUCAAGCUUCUGUGUCACUGCAGCUUCACUCGACACUAUGGUGUUGACAACUAACUAACAUGUCAUUAAUAGUUUCAAAUCCAUUGACGACCACCUCCUGGGGUCACACUUCCUUCUGCUCCAUUUGCAAUGGAAAUCUGCUGAUGUUUUAAAUACGUGUGAAUGUUCUUUUGAAACAGAGACACUGUAUUAGUUACUUUGGCAGACUACUGUCUCUCAACUCUGAGAAAUCGAUUUAUAAAGGGAAGUUUCAUCAAAUAAAAUAUAAAAUACUCUCAUAUUUAGACCUGCACAGGAGGGCAUAUAAAGCAGAAGUCUAUUUAUUAUUCAGUAGGGUAAAAACCCGGGGCAAAGCAUGUUUGUAGGAAGGUUUUGGUCUUCAUAUACGGUUGUUGCUCAGUUAGACUUGUUUAAAACAUCAGCCUGAGGGACUCGGCUCAGACCGGUUCCACAUAACUAACAUGGUAAUUCAGCUAAAUGUUCAACCAAAGUUCAAACACCAAAAAAACCUACUAAAACGAUGCUGAUCAGCGCUGAUUAGAAACAACUAAGUGAAAUUAAAAAUUGGAUUAUUUUACAGAUUUUCAUGUUGCAAGUGUUGCACUUCUUUGUUUUUCUCUUUUUUCUGCUGUCACUGGUUUUUCUUAAUCCUCUAGUGAGUAAAGAAGUUGUGAAGGCAUGAGGUCAUGACCCCUGAGGUUCUGAUUGAGUCCUAUCCCGUCUGGAUUCUUCUCCUCGUACACGAUGAGACUUUCUGCUUCCUCUGGAUGAGUCAAACAGCUGAUCGGCAUUAGUCCCAGUCAGUCUGCUUUAGCUGCUGCUUUGUCUCAUUAGGAUUCAGAAGCAUGAGAAACUCACUGUCUGGAUGGUGUGUUUUAGGUGCUUUUCUGGGGGACAAGUUGACAGAAUUUAUUUUACAUCUGGACGGGGCGGUGUUAGGCCCGGCUACUUGGGCUGAAGCCCCGGAUGUUUCAUGGAAAGCCCCGGAUCUAAAUCGCGGAAGUAACAUGCAGUACCAAAGUCCAACAGAGAGGGAGCAGCUGGCAGUAGUUUGUAUACAGCCUGCCUGAGCCUCCACCACUGAAGAAGAAGCCCUUCAGUAGCCGGCUUCUUCUGCAGUCUCUGCCUGAAUUGAGUGAAGAUGGACAUGAGGACGUUUUUUAGACCAAAAGUACGGCGACAGAACCCCAGCUUUGAUGAGACUGGUGCUGACUCAGGUAUGAGGAGUCUGGUGCUAAUCAACGUGUCCCACAGGCAUGCUUGUCCUCUGGCCGUUGAGCCUGUGUGUCUCUGCUUUGCUGGGAGGCAGAAGAAGCAUCGUCAGAAAAUAAACUGACUACCAGCAGCAUCAGAAAACCCAAAUCCAGCCCAGCGAGAGAAAAUACCCUCUCUUUCACACUGUCCGAUCAUCUCUCUGCCCCAGUUCUGUGUCCUCAUUACGAGCUGAGAGGAGGUCAUGUCCCAGUCUGGAAAAGUCCUUCAUCUUUAUGUGGAAGUGAGUUCUGCCCCAGGUCAGAAUGGAAAGUGUGAUGAGGGACUGGCUCAGGGGAUUUCAGGUCAGGACAGUCCUGUGGAGCUCCUCUCUCAGCUGAGUCAAGCCACCAUUGGGGACACCUCCCCGGUCCACUGCCUGGAUCAGGACCACACGCACAGACAGUCUCUAUCUCAAAAUGUGGUUAACCGUCAGCUCCAACAUGCUCCAACCUCACCUACAGUCACCAAGAGUUGGAGUUCCUCCAUCCACCCCUCCCCCUCUUCUAGAGGUGCUGAUGUCUCUCGCACUCCUCCUGAUGGGAAACGGUCUGUGGUCAGCUUCCGUUACGUUGAGAAGUCUAAUGUGAAGACAGUGGACAGUCCAUGUAAGUCUGUGUGUGAGAGACAAGUCAGAGACGAGCAAUCGACCCACUCCCUUCAUCAUCUUAGUGAUUCCAUGUGGUUUGGAUGUCCCGAUUCAAUGUGCAGCUCCAGCCCCAAAGCGCCUUUCCAGUCUCCAGAGAGUCACCAGCAGACGUUCUCCCUCGGCCUUCGACAGCCACACUUGGAUCCGAUCGGCAGGGCAGCUACCCAGAGGGCUGUGGAGGAGUUUGGCUCCCCGUUACUGAGGAUCAAACUGGCCCACGCACUCGAGCACACCUCCUCCUCUCGUUUUAACCAUCAGCCACGCUGUCAGUCCUGGGCCGGGUCUCCUGUUCAGCGUCAGAACUUCAGCAUAAACCUCAAAGACGCCACAGAUAUCAGACAGGACUUUCACAGGCUACUUCAAAGCCCAGCAUCAGAUCAGCUUUCUUCCCAGUCCAGGAUUUGCUGUCAGUCGAACCCUGGACUACCUGCUAAACCUCGGAGCUCUCUUCACUGUCCAGGAGAAGACAGAACCAUAGCAGAGAGUCCUGCCACCCAAAGGCCCACUGACAGGAACUCGUCACUGCAGGGAGAAAUCCUCCAACAUGGCAAUAACGGAGACGAGGGUUUAAACCAGUUAAGUGACUGUGAGUUUUCUUCUGCAGUUCCUAGCCGUGAAGCUGCUCUCAGACCAGCAGACAGGACUUCCAAAGGGUCUUCCCUGUUCACAGAGGUGAGGAGGUCCUUGUUGCACAACUCUUCAGGUGAGCGCCUGAGUAGUUCAAACACUGGAGAUUCAACUCCAAACGCACAACACUUUAAAGAAACACUGAAGAUGAGCAUCCCUUUAAAGGACCAAAAGACUCCAGCAGCUGCUGAGAUAGACCCUCACCAGCCGGAAGCCCCUCAUGGUCAUCAUGGCACACACCAGGAGCUCUGCUUUCAGAAACACAGCUGCUUUGUUUUGGAUCAGAGUGCCCCCACCCUUACCUCACAAGUCCACCGUCCAUCUCAUCCUCCCACUGAGAUCAGUUCUCCCAUCAGAGAUCCGAGGCUGUUCCAGACUGAGUUUCGAACACCAGACACUCCCACUCUGCAUCGCCAUCAGCCUCCGCAGUACACCGGAGACUCCUGGUCCCCAUGCCACCACGACAGGAGAGGAGACCUGAGCUGCUUCGACAGGGAGGACUGCACAGAGCUAGCACGUAGGCUCUUCAUCAAUGAAAGCGUAGAGGCUCCAGUCAGCUGGACUUCCAGGCAGCAGUGGAGGACCCAUGUGGAGAACAUCCCAGAACCUGGGUUUGAGGCCAUCACUCAACAAACUCAAGAAUUCAGUAAACAGCACCAGCCACUCAGCCCCACGGCCCAACAGAAACGGGCCGAGCAGCGGAGGAGAGAGAUUCUUCUGCUCGGACCAGUGGCUCUGGACUCUGAAGAGGAGGAGGAGGAAGCGCGUGAAGUGGAGGGAUGUGAUACAAGGCAGGUGGAGCAGAAUGGAUCAAUACCCGGGUCAUCAUCACGAAGCUCUAGUGGGGUGACCGGGAGUUUGGGGGACCAAGACUGUAUAUCUCCAGGGACCAGUCAGUCCAGCCACCAAAGCAACGAGACCGGACCUGCAACCUCAGGAAUACAGACGGACAGUGAAAGUGCAGCUGCUGUUCCUUCUCUACACUGUCAGAAGAUUGCACGAGCUAAGUGGGAGUUUUUAUUCGGGACCCCUGCAGAGGAGGCCCCUGGCAGGGGUGGAAAAAAUUCUUUGGAAGCCUCUACAGCUCCCCCUAGUGGUAACUCCAGCAAGUCUCCCACUCCGACUCCUCCUUCCACCUUUCCUCUGCUGUUAGCCAAUCAUGAUGUGCAGCAUGUAGAGGUAGAGUUGGUAACUCCUCCUCCUGCUGUCAUUGGGACAUCCCCCAAAACCGGCAUCAUCCGCUGGACGCUGAAGUAUUCAGAAACCGAUCUGGAUGCUGUGCCGCUUCGCUGCUACCGUGAGACGGACAUCGAUGAGGUUCUGCUCGCGGAGAAGGACGAUGCCGACUCUGCGUUUGGAAGCAACCGCAGCGUCCAGGGCACCUCUGGGGCAGGAAGCAGUCCUCUGAGGGGGAGGACAUUUGGAGAAGAGGAGAGGGAGAGAGGAGGGGGAAGUGAUGGUGAGGAACAGAAAUAUGAUGAAGAUGAGGAAGACGAAGAAAUGGUGAGCUGGGCGAGUGUGCGGAUGCAAGGCGACAGCAGGAAGCAGCAAUACGCUGCUGAGGAGGAACCAGAGGUGUUUGGACAUUGUCUGAUCAGACCGAUGGAAACCUUUUUCGACAAUCACAACCCGGCUCUGAAGUCCCCCAUCCUAGUCCCUGGCCCUCGCUUUGGCACAGAGGACACCUUCAGUCGUCACUUUGAGAGCAUCAUGGAGUCCCACCGAGCCAAAGGAACAUCCUACAACAGCCUAGACAGUGAGGAGCUGCUGACCUCCAGCACCCAAACUGUUCUGACCUUUGACCUGCCGACACUAACCCCUGCCAUCCACGGGCCGGUCUGUCAGAGCGCCAGGCAGAUCGUCCAGCUCAGUUUUGCUCCGCUGGCCCAUGAAGAGAGGCCAAGCUUGUCUGAUUCCAUCUUCACUGUGACAGGGGACUCAGACGCCACCCGAGCUCCCUCAAGCGAACGGCUGAGCAGCGGCUCUGAUGAUCUCAUUCCCCGAGGCCACAAGUGUUCACAGCUGGGCAGCAGCUGGUACAUCAACCCGUCCUUCUCUUUGUCCAGCAGGGAGAAGGCCCGGCUAGCCACAGACUCUGAGCUGGACCAGGACCUCAGUGACCGACUGGGUCUGAGCAGCAGCGAGACCCUCACCAACGGCAGCCGCCGUAGCGACGUGGCAGCUGCCAAACGUCUGGCCAAACGCCUCUUUAACUUGGAUGGUUUCAAGAAGUCCGACGUGUCGCGCCACCUCAGCAAAAACAAUGACUUCAGUCAGAUGGUUGCAGAGGAGUAUCUCAGCUUCUUCAGCUUUACCAGCCUGACACUUGACCAGGCUCUGCGGACCUUCCUCCGACAGUUCGCCCUGAUGGGGGAGACUCAGGAGAGGGAGCGGGUGCUGGCGCAUUUCUCUAGACGUUACGUGGAGUGUAACCCCAAAGCUGUAAUGUCAGAGGAUGCUGUUCACACGCUCACUUGCGCCCUGAUGCUGCUGAACACGGAUUUGCACGGCCAGAACGUUGGCAAGAGGAUGUCCUGCACACAGUUCAUUGGAAACCUGGAAGGACUGAAUGAAGGCCUAGACUUUCCCAAAGAUCUGCUCAAAGCCCUCUACAACUCGAUCAAGAACCAGAAGCUUCAGUGGACACUUGAUGAGGAAGAGCUGCGGAAGUCGUUUUCAGAGCUUGGGGACAGCCUGUGUGACUCUGAUGUCUCCAGAUCGAUGAAGGGGGAGGGCAGCAGCGGGAAGCUACUUUCAGAUGGGACUAAGCCCACAGGAACGCUGCUGUACAAGAAUGGAUUCCUGGUCCGCAAAGUUCAUGCUGACUCAGACGGCAAGAGAACACCAAGAGGAAAGAGAGGGUGGAAGACUUUCUAUGCCAUCCUUAAAGGGCUAAUUCUUUAUCUGCAAAAAGGGGAGUACCGGCCUGAAAAGCAGCUCUCCGAUGAAGACCUGAAGAACGCUGUGUCCAUCCAUCAUUCUCUGGCCAUGAAGGCUUCAGACUACAGCAAAAGACCCAACGUGUUUUACCUGCGGACUGCUGACUGGAGGGUUUAUCUCUUCCAGGCACCGAAUGAUGAGCAGAUGCAGUCUUGGAUCACACGUAUCAACACUGUGGCUGCCUUGUUCUCCUCUCCUCCGUUCCCAGCAGCCAUCGGCUCCCAGAAGAAGUUCAGCCGGCCUCUGCUGCCUGGGACAAUGUCAAAACUGUCCGAGGAGGAGCAGAUCAGAUCCCACGAAGCACGAUUCAGAGCCAUCUCCACUGAGCUGGCUGAGCUACGUUCCUUUCCCCCUGAUCGCAAGGUCAAAGGUCGUGAACUGGAAGAGUAUCGCCAGCGAGACGAGUAUCUGGACUUUGAGAAAACACGGUAUGGGACUUACAUCAUGCUGCUGCGAGCAAAGAUCCGAAGUGGCGAGGAGGACCUGUCUGUGUUUGAGUCCUUACUUCUGGAAGACAGCAGCCUGCAGAGGGCUCAUUCCAGCCCCACACUGCAGGACAGCAGCCAGGCCAGCCAGGCCAGCAGCAUCAGAGGGGGCGGGGACAGCAGCAAGGCCAGCGGCUACAGCAGCAGCAGCAAGCCUCGACAGGAAGGACAGAGACACAGCUACCGACAGGCCGUCAAGAAGUGAGGCGUGGCAGGGUGCCGGGAGCGGCGUGAUGCUGCACUGCCAGCGGCAGGCUGUCUCCCUGCAAGCGUUUUUUUAGAUCCUGAGGGGUCCGGAGCUCCACUUGGAGGGGAGAGCAGGAGUGAGGGUCUACCCCACGCUCUCUACCCCAACCAUGAUGCCCCACCCCAAACUACUCAUCUAAAGGAGGAGGUGCAGAUCCAGCGAUCUUGAUGAUGCAGGAUGUGGAGAAAACAGAUGUGAGGUCAGAGAUCUGCAGAGAGAAGGUGUCUUUCAGAAUGAAGGCUGGAUGCAGCAGCAGCAGCAGGCAAUGGUUGCUUAAAGACAAACGGGACAGCCAGCCAGCAUCUUCUUCCUGUCUCCCCUUCUGUUCCUUCAGGGCGCCUCUUCAUCCACGUUCUCCUACCUUUUUCCUCAUCAUUUGCUCUUUUUUGGGACCAAACAUGUUUACACGCGUAAAAGCGCCAUCGCAUUUUAGAUGACUAAUGAUUUGGUUUUAGCUGAACUGCUUCUGCUCUGCUGCUCUGAUGUAAAGCGCUGUAAGCCCUUUGAAGCGUCACCAGGUUUUUUGGACCCACAACAUUCCAGCUCUGUUUGGUUUUGUUGUUGGUGUUUUGUUUUUUCAUCGCAUCAUCCCAAUGUGUUCACACUCCAUACACGAGCGGGUGAUUACAGCGGUUAGCUCCUGUACGUUCCAGCGACGAAGGUAGAACGUUAAAGCAGAUGCUGAUGGUGUUGCUGCAGUGCACUCUGUUACGAGACGAUGAAGCUGCUUCUUUCUGCAGCCACUAGAGGCGAUAUCCGCUCACAGCGCUCGUGGGUACGCAGCAAAAACUGCACCGAACAGAAAAAUGUCCGUUCGUUUCUACUUGAACAUCUUUUUCCUGGUUGCUUUUGCCCGUGUCCCGUGAUGUGCUUCAUUUCUCUUUUUCUUGGCUGAAUGUUGUUUUUCUGCAUGCCUGCAUCCAGCGCAACUUCUUCUAUGGCGUUUACUACUUUGAGGCUAAAACCUGAGUCUGAAUUGCUUUCUGGGUUUUUGAAAUCAUUCUCCAGCCUGUGCCAUACCCAACGUUUGUAACCAGUCUACGUACAGCCGCUCAUGUUGAACCCUGAUGUCAGACUCACCAGGCAGACCCUGAAUGUUGAUAUUUUUAAAGUAUUUUACAGUCAUGCUGAUGUUGAACCCACCCCCUCUGUGUGUUUAUGUCGAUCAAAUAUUCAACAUAUAAAAGGGAAAUGUAAUCCAUGACCACCAGGACUUGUACAGUGAAGCACCACCUGCUUAUAUCAUAGGAUAUAUGAUGGUAUAUUUGCAAUAGUUUCAGCACACUGAUGUGAAGAUGCUCCAGGAACAAACUGAGUUGUUCUUCUUAGUCCCUAAAGCGCUAAACGAUAAUCACGUACUUGUUAUUUGUAGAUACUGUGUAAUUAGUAAGGUCUAGAGAUUAGUAAAAAUGUUUUUACAGGCUAGACUAUGUUAAAAACGGAUUUCAUCAGCUUCAGUGGAAAGGGCUCUGAUGCCGAAACCUGAUAGCAGGAUUUUGAUUGGAUCAGGUCUGAUACUGUUGUGUGAGAUGCUGAAGAAGUCAUGAAACAUAAAGAGUAAACCAAGGGAAAUGCCUGACUUUUAGAUGGACCUGUCCAGGUUUCAUUGGGUAGCCUAGACGCCUCACAGCAUCACUGAUGCAUAGCCAUUUUCUACUCAGGCUUUUAAAAACACACCUUGAGCAGCUGCAGUGGCAGCGUGCGACCAGCAGGGAGAGCUGUCAACCUUCAGUUAAGUUCUUCUUUCAGCCAUAAUCACACGUGCUGCACCUGCAGUAAAUAUGCACGAGGUCUCCCACUCACCUGAGGCAGGGGAUGGGUGUCGCAGGGCUAUGUGACCCGAGACCUAUCUGUGUUAACUGUUUGUGUUAUUCAAAAUGUGUGUGUGCGUGCGUGCGUGUGUGUGCAUGCUGGGACUGUGCUGGAUGACCCUCGAGAAUGUUUCAUUUCUUUGUGUUUGACUUUCAUCCAGCAUCAGCUCCUGUGUUACUCAUUAAAAACCAGUUGAUGCCGUGUGUACAAAUUCAAAAACAGAUGAUUUGAUGAUCGUGCUUUAUAGAAUGUCAGUCAUGCCUCUUCUGCGCUGCACGGACUUUUGUCAAAUGCCAGUUUUGUUCAACCAUUCAGACAUUCCCUGAUUUAUGUCUUUUCGUUGUCUUAUGUGACACUAGAACUGGUUUUUGCUGUUGUUGUUAUUGUUGUUGUUUUUAAGGCUGGUGUCAGAAAAGAGGACUGUGAGGUGGAAGUUCUACACUUGCUGCCUGACAUUUAGUUGACCAAACCAAAUGUGAAGAGAAAUGUAGUAAAAAGGGGUCUUAAAUAAUGACUACAUGUAGCUGCACCAUCUUAUUUUUCUCUUUGUUUUCUGUGGCUCAUUCAGAUGAUUUGAAAAGGUGUUUUGUGCACGUUGCCAAAACGGACAUCUUGUAGCUCUGAUCUUUAUGUAACCAGAAGACCUACAGUUGUGUGUUCGGCUGUAAAGCAGGAAAACUGUCAGCCAGAUUCAGAAUAAUAUACAGUAACACCAGUGUUACAGCACCAAAACAACUCAGCCUAAAACAUUUUUCCUUAUUUAUAUCAAACAGCUACAGCUUAGGGAUUUUUUUUUAAUUUUCUAGUUUAAUUUUACUGCCGACUCCAACAUCAGGAGUGAAUGUCCAAGCUCAAACAGAAACAAGGUUUCCAAACGCUUUAGCUUCCAGUCUUCAAACCAACAGGAGAGGCUUGUGGCCCCAACCUUCACCAAGUAAAAACUACUAAGAGCCUCAACAUUCAUAGUUACUACUGGUUUUAUUUUGUAUAAUUUAUUUACCAUCAGCAGCCAUUUUUAUUCUAAAUUGUUUCUGAAGUUGAUCAACCCCUGAUCCACGAUCCACUGUGGGGUCCAGACACCCACCACCACCCCACUUGGGAGUGAUGGAAAAUCAUUUUAUCUGGUGAAACAUCCUUUAUCUGAUGAUUUUGUGCUUUUUUUAUUAUUAUUAUAGUUUAAAUUUUCAGAAUCCGCUUAUACAAGCUUCCUGGAUCAUAGAAAUUUGUGUCUGCAGCAAAACCCUUCCGAGAUUAAACAUACAACAUGUAGACUAAGCAGGCACAGACAGGCCACGAGAGCAGCUAUACAAGAUGCCCAGUUACACUUUGCAACAUUUUCUUAAAUAUCAUUAAAUACUAAUGGUUUGUGAGUCUUAUGCAUUGAAAAUAAUAAAAACUACUAAAAUGAAAAGACAAACAUAAGAAUAUUUGAACUGGAGACCCCACUGACUGCUGUUGUGUUGGUUUAGAUCUUUAUUAAGAUAAACCCCCCAACCCCAAUAUUUGCAGGAGAUUAAAAAUGUAUCUUCCUCGUUUGGCUCUAGAAGAUUGAGCUGAAGCCAUAAAGUGAACUAAACUUUUGUGAAUCCCUCCCACAGUUGAAACUAGAAGCUGAACUCCAUUAUGUUCAGUUUUAAUACCUGAUGUGAGCCAAAACCAAACCUAAAACAAGCCAGAUGUUAGUCUGAACCGUGGCAGCAGUUGAAACAACAGAAAUCAGCACCGGCUUCGUUUAAUUAAUUUAUUACUGCAGUUUUUUUUUAUAAUUAAACUGAUACAUUUUGAAUGUGGAACAUCUCUAAAUGGACUGAUAUCAAAGCAUUGAAAACACAAAUUUCAAGUUUGUCUCUGCUGCUUGUGUUCAUCGGAAUGCAGCUGCUGGUUUUCAUGGAAACCACUGGUCCCCCUGAUGGCGCUCGGCCCAGGUGAAAGUGGUGGGACGCCCCUGUGAUAACACAGCAGCUCCGAACCCUGAGCGACUACACUUUACUUAAACCUGUUCUAAUUUAAUUUCAUCAUUCUUAUUUCUAAAUGUAAAUAAAGCAUGAGACAUCAUAGCCUGCUCUUUUUUAUAUUCUGGGUAUUAAGGGUUGAUAUAAGGUCAGCCUCCUUCUCUCCUGGAUUCCAUGGUCAUGUGUUUGUUUUCUGUUUUUUUUCUAUCAAUGUGAAAGAAGGAAAUGGUUAUAUUUAAUGCUGUCGUAUUUUAGAGACUUGAUUGAGCUCAAACAAAUCUUUUUACAUGUGGAGGUCUGAUUCGUCUCAGUGUUUUUUAGACGGGUGCAGGUAAAGGCAAAGUUCAUUUGAUGCUGAAACAGUGAGCUACGUGUGUCACUGCCUUGUUAAAUCUCACCAAGGAAGUGGUGUUUGUGAGCUUCUUAUCUUGGGGGGGAAUAAUAGAGGAAAUAAAUAAAAGUGUUUUAAAAGGUU